UCAUCUUCUUUUGAGAGAAAUGCAGCAGCUAAUCCUCAUCUCAUCUUUUUGCAUAUUAAUUUCAAUGGCUUUCUUGAAAGUGUGCCAUAAUGCAUGCACAGAAUCAAUGUGUGGUGACCAUGAUGAUCAUCGCCUUGCUAUCCAUGUCCCGGUCAAGCGCCUUUCUCCUUGUCACAGACUUCAGCAUCUUGGAUGCGGUCAGCAGAGCGACAAGACGGUUAGUGAGCAGAAACAAAUGCUAGUAAAAUUGUUUGUGAAACACAUAGAUUAUAAGCACCAGAAAAUUCAAGUUCAUGUCCCAGAUGAUUGCUUUCUCCUAAUGCAAUUAGAAUACCAAAACGUGAAGCCAAUCUCUCCUUUCACCGUCUCAGAUUUUGGUAAGGGUAAUCAUGAGGAAUUUGAAAAUGUCAGCUUAUUCAACUGUCCCACCCCAAGCACAGAUAUUUAUCCACCAAGACAAGUUCCCUGCAUCAAUAGCCUGGGCUACAAAUAUAUAUAUGCUGUUUCUUCCUCGUUCCAACCGCUACAAAGAUGUACAAAGAUGUAUGAUUUACUAGUUCCAUAUGGAACACUGUUUCCCGAUUACUAUAUUUGGUCUACACCAAACUGUACAGAAUGUGAAGCUAAGGGUAGGAAGUGUCAUUUGAAGAUCAACGGCACCAAAAGUGAAAUUGAAUGUGUUCAUCUUAGCAAACCAAGUGCAACAAGAAAAUUAGUGGCUACAUGUGCAGCUCUGACUACAAUCGUUCUAUUAAUAUCGGUGGCUGUAAUCUACAGCGUCUAUAGCUCUGAUAAAAAGGAAAAAGAGAAUCAAUUGAAAAUUGAAAAAUUCCUAGAGGAUUACAAAGCGCUCAAGCCAAGCAGAUAUUCCUACGCAGAUAUCAAAAGAAUUACAAAUCAAUUUGAGGAUAAGUUGGGCGAAGGAGCGUAUGGAACUGUUUUCAAAGGGAAGCUUUCAUCUGAAGUUUUUGUUGCUGUUAAAGUCCUCAACAAUUCCAAAAACGAAGAUGGGGAAGAAUUCAUCAAUGAGGUGGGAACAAUGGGUCAUAUCCACCAUGUCAACGUGGUUCGUAUGGUCGGCUUCUGUGCUGAAGGAUUUAGACGAGCUCUUAUUUAUGAGUUUUUCCCCAAUGGUUCACUACAGGAUUUCAUUUCAUCAGCAGACAAUAAGAACUCUUUCCUUGGUUGGGAAAAGUUGCAAGAUAUUUCUCUAGGCGUUGCCAAAGGAAUUGAAUAUCUUCACCAAGGAUGCGAUCGGCGAAUCCUUCAUUUUGAUAUUAAACCGCACAACGUACUGCUAGAUCAAAACUUCACUCCAAAAGUUUCUGAUUUUGGGAUGUCCAAGUUGUGUGCCAAGGAUCAAAGUAUAGUGUCAAUAACUACGGCUAGGGGGACUAUGGGAUAUAUUGCACCUGAAGUGUUCUCCCGGAAUUUUGGAAAUGUGUCAUAUAAGUCAGAUGUAUAUAGUUUUGGAAUGUUGUUGCUCGAGAUUGUAGGAGGGAGGAAGAAUAUUGGUAAAACCAUGGGCAACGCUGGUGAAGUGUACUACCCAGAAUGGAUAUAUAAUCUUUUAGAGGAAGGGGAGGACCUUCGAGUCCAUUUUGGGGAAGAAGGAUUAGAUUCUCGAAUUCCCAAAGAACUGGCAAUUGUAGGCCUUUGGUGUAUCCAAUGGCACCCAAUGGAUCGUCCAUCCAUGAAAUCAGUGGUUCAGAUGUUGGGAGGAAGAGAAAACUUACCCAUGCCGCCGAAUCCUUUUGCUGCUACUGGUGCUACUAGAACAAAUGCAAUAAGCCGCCCGGCUGCAAGACGCUUGAACCUUGAGCUAGAAGCAAUUGUUGAAGAGUAAACAUAUGUAGAAUUAAUUAUUGUUUGUAUGUGUCGAAACUUUGAAAAUGUAUGGAUUAAUUAGCUAUACCCAAAAUUAAGCAACUAUUACAUUGUUUCAGAUCGAUCACAUAAUUUAGUUCCUAUAAUUGAUUCUUUCUGCAUAUAAUACCAAGUAUUGUACAAUCUUUUAACAACAAAUCGAUCAAUUAGAAUUAGAUUGAUGUCGUUAACUAUUUUAGUGAUCAAAUGAUCUUGUCAUUGAAAACCAUUAUCUACGUCCAAGGGACUCCCGAACUUUGAAUUUUCUUCCAUGCCAUAAUAUCAUACGGUGCAUCUUGAUUAAUGAUAAUUUAAUUAAUACAUAAUGCAGAGAAAAAAGAAACCAACCACAAAGUGUUAUAUUUCUAGUGGUGAUGAUGAAGUACUCAUCAAAAUUUCUUUUCAAAGAAAGUACUCAUCAAAAUGGAAUUUUGCUAUAAGUUGACUGAUUCAUGCAACAAUUUUCUGUCAACAAAGCAAUGCAAUGCAACUCGACUGUACUAGUCUUGAUUACCUCAUUGCUAGUACCAUUACCAUCCAAGUUUGCACCUUCUACAAGUUAAAUUAAAGAUCGAUCAGUUUCAAUCGAUCCAAAGUUGGGAAAUGGGUUUAUAAAAAGUAAAAUGAUUGGUUUCCAAGUCAUAUAUAAUUCAGAUAA